CGCCGAGCGAUGCCAGUAGUGUGUGAGGCGCGGGAGAGGUAGGAGGCGCGUGUCCGUGUGUCUGAAGCCCCCACUUCACUGAGAACUCCCUCCAGAUUGCUUUGCGGUUUGCAGAUAACUUUGUGCUUAAGUGCUAGUGACCAAGUCCCCAUGAGACGCUGGAUAAUACUUAGCGCGGUGCUGGCCACAGGCUGGUGCUGCGGGUUCCCUGGUGCACCGUCACACUCCACCGUCACCUUCUCGAGCGACACGCUUGGGCCCAACACGGUCGCCACCUACUCCUGCGACCGUGGCUUCGAGCUGCUGGGCCCCUCGCGGAAGAUAUGCGGGGUGAACGGAACUUGGGCGCCCGCUGGCAUACCCUUCUGUGUCCUUAACGUCGCAGCGGGGAAGGCGCCCAUGCAGUCCUCGGUAGCGGAGGGCGGCAUACCUCAGAAGGCCGUGGAUGGCUCGAGCUCCACCACCUUCACCACGGAGACCUGCACCCUGACCAGCCUAGAGCGACAGCCCUGGUGGUACGUCAACCUGCUGGAGCCCUACAUGGUGCAGCUCGUCAGGCUGGACUUCGGCCGAUCCUGCUGCGGUGACCAGCCGGCGACGGUGGUGGUGAGAGUGGGCAACAACCGGCCGGACCUCGACAGCAACCCCAUCUGUAACCGGUUCAUCGGCGUGCUGGAGGAGGGGCGGCCGCUCUUCCUGCCCUGCAACCCGCCCAUGCCCGGAGCCUUCGUCAGCGUGCACUUCGAGGGGCCACCCGGGGUGCAGCUGUCCAUCUGUGAGGCGUUUGUCUACACUGACCAGGCCUUGCCCAUAGAGCGGUGCCCAGCCUUCCGUGACCAGCCCCCGGGCAGCACCUCCACCUACAACGGCAAGUGCUACAUCUUCUACAACCAGCAGCCGCAGACCUUCGACCAGGCGCUGGAGUUCUGCCGCAGCCGAGGCGGGUCUCUGGUGGACGAGACUAAUCCUGCCCUGCAAGGCUUCCUGAGCUGGGAGCUGUGGCGCAAACACCGGGGAGACUCAAGCGGCCAGUACUGGAUGGGCGCCGUGCGAGACCCCGAGGACCCGAACAACUGGAAGUGGAUUAACGGGCGGGACGUGACCGUGUCCUUCUGGAACCUGCCGGGCGGGAACGAGAACUGCGCACGCUUUGACGGCACUAAGGGCUGGCUCUGGUCUGACACGAACUGCAACGCGCCGCUCAACUUCAUCUGCCAACACCGCCCCCAGACGUGUGGCAAGCCCGAGCAGCCGCCGAACUCCACCAUGAUCGGCAGCAGCUUCACGGUGGGCAGCACUGUGGAGUACCGCUGCGACCCCGGCCACGCCCUCGUCGGCCCCGCCCAGCGAUCCUGCCUCGACUCCGGCUUCUUCAACGAGUUCCCGCCCACUUGUAGAUACCUCGAGUGUGGAUUGCCAGCGCCCAUCCGUCACGGCAGCUACUCUCUCAUCAACGGGACCCGCUACUACCUGAGCCAAGUAAGAUACGAGUGCGAGCCGGGAUACACCGCCAUAGGACGUGCCGAGUUGGUGUGUGACAUUGACGAGCGAUGGAACGGUCCCCCGCCACUCUGCCACCCCGUGACCUGUGACGCCCCUCCACCCCUCCCCCACGGCUCCUCUGACCUCUCCGCCCCGACCGUCACCUCCGGCUCCUCCGUCACCUUCUCCUGCGACGAGGGCUACGUGCUUGUGGGGCGCCGCACCCUCACAUGUACUCCCGAGGGUUCCUUCAGCGCCCUGCCCCCACGCUGCGAAGCGGACGAGCCAGCGAAGCCAAGUCUUGAGGGCUCAGGUAGACCAACAGGGAGACCACGGCGCCCCUCCUUCAGGCCAGACACUUUGCAACCUGGCCCGCCUUACCUAACGGAGGUCGAGGACAACGUGGUGGAAGCAGCCAACCCCGGCCUGGCCACGGUCCUCCCGUCGCUCGAGGCUGGCGACGACAACCACAUCAACAACAUCAACACGGACCGCGGCCAGAGCGUGGACGACCCCAGCUUUGAUCUCCACGACGAGGGUUCCAAGGCCACGGAGAAGCUACAUCUGGGGGGCAUCAUCGCUCUGGGGGUGUUUGGCGGGUUUGUGUUCCUCGCCGCUGUCAUCACCACCAUUGUUAUCCUGGUCAGAAGGACCCAACACGGACCCGCCAAGAAGUACGUCCGCCGCAGUGAUGACGGCACCGCCUCCUCCUACGACUCCUCCUCUUCCGACGGCCACGGGCUCAACAAGUACUACAAACGGGCGUGGGAGAACCUGCGGGAGAGCGGCGGGGACCUGGAGAAGAGCAACCACUCCCGCCUCGCCCGCACGGAGACCCUUGACCAGCCGGACUUCAGGUCAACGCGCUCGGUAGGACACGAAGGGCUCCGCGACGGGUCUGAGAUGACUGUGAAUGACGUGGCCGCCAUGUACACGCGCCCCGAAAAGCGCCGCCACCACCACCACCACCACGGACACCGCCACAAGGGUGCCCGCGACGCCGACCGCGACCACCACGACCGUCAGGACCAUCACGACCGCGCUGACCGCCACGACCGCCACGACCACAGCGAACGCAACGACCGUGACUGGCGCGAUAGGGACCGUGAGCGCAGGAAGUACUAGACGCUACGACCCGGACUCCGAAGCGACGCGAGGCACGAAUUAGAAUCUUAACACGACCCAGACAGGCGGCGGCGAGACACGAACCGCCGCCCAACGCCCGCGCCCGUCGCCCCUCGCGUCACCCAUCACCCUUACCCAUGUCGGUUGUCAGCGUCACAAGGAUGCUGGUGAUGGCUGUUCCCUAUCUUGCGCGAAGACUAACCAAAAUCUGUCUGGUUGUCAAAAUAUCGAAGGAAUAAUAAUGACGGUUCCUUGCUUGUUUUUCUUUGGCCACGUGAACCUUAAUCAUGGAUUAACUGACAUCAAAUAUCAUCCUGGUUGUAAAAAAUCAAGGCUGUUGACGAUGGCGGAGGUUUGCCACGAAUUGAUUCACGCAAAAAAUCAGACUUCGUUAGAGUAUCGAAAUUGCCUGUGAAAUCUGCUAGCAAUGGCGAGUCUUUCGUUUUUCAGGCUACGCGAAAGCUUAACCUCAAUGAAUUCCAUCCACGUAUAUGUCUAUCCAUUGUUUUUCUCAGGCGACGCUCGUUUGUCAUGGCCAGGGCGACAGAAGCAAAAUGCGAAGUAGGAGUGAGGUGUUGCUUUCAUCAAGGGCUGUAUCGUAUCCUUGUCCUUGUGCCUGGUAAGAAAAAGAAUCCUCACGUCUAUCUUUCUAUAAAGCAGCUUCCCUCCGUGGACUUCGGUUUCCUCUAAUGCUAGAAUCCGUGUUUUGACAAGAUGGUUGAAAAAACUCUUAGGGAAGGUUUUUAGGCACUCAGAGUGGUUUAACUCGAUGACCUUAUUGAAAGAAAGUCACGGUGGAAGAUAGGCCCCUCCCCAUUGUCUUUAUUCUCACUCUUAAAAAGCGGAAAAAAUGUGGAGUUUCCCCGUCAACGAGUUAGGUUGUGUGUCACUCUUCAGGGAAGGUUAGUAACUCUGCCUUCCGCCGCGUCACUCCUGAGGGAAGGUUACUCCAACCUCCGCCGCGCCGUCGGUUGCUCUGUUUUCUCCGACGUCCGUCUCAGCUCAAGACUUGUUCUCUCCGUGGUGCUCCGUCUCGGCCAAACCCACGCUGACCCGCACUCUCCGAGCUCACUCACUUCAGCAUCGCUCACGCUCCAGCACGCUAAUGUAGUGGCAUUACUCAUGCACCCUCGUACCUAUCAUGGCACCCCCUACAGUCCUCACGUUGCACACGGUGGUAGUGCGUCCCUGUCCCUCCCGGCGAGGCGUCUGUGGUGGUGGGCGGCGGCGAGGCGCGGGGCCGCUCCCUUCCGCCGCCGCCGCCCGUCAGUUCGUCUUGACUUGCUCAUCAACUCGUGCAAUUUUUAUAACUUUCUUCAUACAAACUCAACCUGUUUUCUAUAAUGCACUACAAUAGUUACUUUGCUGUAGUAUAUAAUGUUAAUUAUACAAGUCUCCAUAACUACACAAAGAUAAUACUCGUUGAAAACUAACCCUUUGGUUAAUAUAACAACUAAAAAGAUGUAUCUUCAUUAAACUUAAUGGCUCAGUUUUAAUUACAAAUAAAUCUUCGAGUACGAGAAUAUGAACUCCAUUCUCGUAACUUUGGAUUCUUCCAAAGCCGUUACAUAUGACUGAUGGAUCAGAUUCAGUAAUAUUACGGAUGCAGUAAAGUUUCCACUAAUUAAAGGAGUUUAUGGCGUGCCAACUGAUAAGGCUAAAUUUUAUUUUAUAAAAGUCUUGAGUUUAUAACGAGACGAACUUCUCGAGACCUGCAUCCGUCCAUCUUUGGCUCAUGUGCCAACACCUUUGUAAAGUGACCGGUGCCUUGGGCGGCGGGGGAGGAGCGGGCCGCCUCGCCCCCGCCGCGGCGCCGCCACGGCCACGUGUGUACUUAGUCCUAUGGAGGCAUUAUACUCUGGUGUAUAUUCUUGCUUGGAGUAGCUUGCCGCUGCCUCGCCCCGCCAGCGUCGCGGCGAGGCUGGCGCGGCGACGCAACGGCCAGCGGUGACUUGACCCACUCCAUGUAUGUAGUGCACUUUGUUAUAGUAAGUUGAUGUAGCAACCUGUAUGUAACCCGUUGUGAGGUAGUCAUAGCUUCUUGGUAGAUAUAUUAAUGUUAUAUGUGUGAAUGUUGUAUUACGUGGAUGUUAUAUAAAGUUGUCUGCACUAAUGUCCUGUCUGUGUCUAUGUUUGUGUGAGAGAGAUAAUAAACGUUAUGUAUAUAACACUUCA